GUGCCAUGACAAGCGAGUCUUUCGAGAAGAGGGCAACUGUGGCUAUUGUAGCCCCCUCCACGUAUGUCACUUUUGGCUAGGCUGACCACAUGCUCAUAUUGCAUAGAACACAUCACUACCUGAACAGCACUACCGCUCUAGCGCCUACCCGAUCAGUUCCACUGACGACUUGCAAUACCGUGACUGAGACGGUGUCAGUCACCAUUUCCUUUGAGAUACCAGGGUCGGCAGCUCCACCUACUAUCACGCUCAUCACAACAAAGACACUAUUUGAUUAUGGUUCCUUGGAUCCGGCCACUUUUGAUGGAUCUACGACAUCUAUCCCAACUGUGGACCUUGAAUCUAUCAUCACCAACACCCCACCUUCAGAAAGUCCGUCCACUCAACCGACAGCGGAGCUAAUAGUCACGAAUAAUCCCAUUGGAGAAUCGGUCAUCUCCACAUCACCUCAUACAAACCCUUCGGCUACGCCACGAUCUACAUUCGUCGACGUAGUGCAGACAUCGACAAAGGGUUCUGAGCCACCUCAAAAUGAACUGCGUACCUCGCCCGUCGGUUCUCCGGCUACUAUGAUAAACACAAUCCCAGAGGAGGUCCGAACCACGACUUUGCCAGGCAUUGGUCCUAUUGUGAUCGAUCCAUCGCGCUCAGCCAUCUUCGUAAGCGGCGUGGUAAGCGCGAUUACACCGGGACAACAGACAACCAUCAACGACGUUCCAAUCUCAUUUGGCACUUCCGCUACCUUCGUUGUCAUAGAUGGUACUCAGACAAUUGGUAUCCCUCCAUCAACUCCGGCGCCUCAACCUGCGCCAGUGGUAAUUGGUGGCACGACCAUCGACAUUGGCCAUAUUGUUACCGGACUUGACCCAGGCGAGGUCACUACCGUCAAUGGUAUUCCCAUUUCGCUGGAUGCUUCGGCCUCUAAUGUGGUCGUUGGAGGAACCAAGACUAUACCACUGCUUGGAGUGACGCAAAUGCCUCUUGCAUCCAUGGUGGUCGUGGGCGAGACGACUUUGGAAGUAGGCGAGCUCGCUUCAGAACUUGAGCCGGGCGAGGUAACUGUCAUCGGUAGCAUGACAAUCUCACGCGACAGUUCUGCCAUCAUCGCCGGUAGUACGACUAUUUCGCUUCCUUCAUCACCGAGCGAUGUUGUGGUUGGAGGUAUGACUAUCACCGCUGGGGCCCUUCCUUCUGGAUACUCUUUUAUUCCCGCUACCGCUGGAGGAGGCCUGCUGCUCCCAAAUGGUCAGACACUGAUGCCCGGUGCUAUGACGACGAUUAGUGGCGUUGAGAUCUCGCUCACAACAGCAGAGACGCCUGUCGUCGUAGUUGAAGGCUCAAUAUCCAUCACUUCGACUAGCACCGUGGGCAGCACCUCUGGAGGCUUCGAUAACGGUGGUACUCUUGGAACUGGACAACCGACAAGUACUUCCACUGGUGACUUGACGCAGUUCACUGGAGGUGCUGUCGCGGCUACGAGAGGAUCUCACAAUAUGUUAUGGAUAUUAGCUAUCGUGAGCAUGUUAUUUGGCAUUGCGUGCUCGUCGAUCUAGUCACAAGCACUUUACCUAUACUUGAGUGCUAUGCUUCCUCGGCUGCAGCACUCCUACAUCGUUACCAGGAUACAUAAUGAGGGUUUCAGCCAUCUUUAACGCAGUAUUCAAGAUAGUUACGGUGAUCUUCAUGGCCUGGAACGAGGAUCAUGUACGCUCUAGUGUUAAGCAGACGAGGGGAAGUUCCCACAUGUGGGCGGAACCACAUCAUACGGGUGGUUGGGUCAAUGCAUCUCGACGUUCCUUAUGAAACCAUGGUUUUGAGACGAAGAGCAGAAACUGGAGCUACGACUAGGCUA